AUGUACAUGCUUCAAGUUGAAGGCCCACGAAAACUCGUGCUAUUCAAAUCGCAUGGUAUUCCCGAGGAUGUUAUCGAUAACACGGUCCAAGCAGCAAAGAGUUUCUUUGCUCUCCCAGAGUCAUCGAAAAUGGAGCUAGAUAUACACAAAACUCCUAACUUCAAAGGAUAUACUGCUUUAUUGGGAGAGAAUACCGAUUCAAAUGGUCUGGGUGACCUGCAUGAAGGCUUCGAUAUAGGAUGGGAGCCUCAAGCUACCGACCAAUCUAGCUCUUCUUUGGGACCAGCAAAGGUUUCUGCGAUGGAAGGAGCAAAUGUAUGGCCAUCAGACUUAACGGGUUUCAAGGAAACCACAUUGGAAUACUAUCACAGAGUACUAGAUGUUGGAAAACUACUGUUUCCAUUGUUCGCAUUGGCACUUGAUCUACCAGAGAACUUUUUCGAUGAUAAGACGACAAAGCCAGCUGCUAUUAUGCGGCUUCUCCACUAUCCCCCACAGAGCCCAACGAGCUUCGAGACCGAUCCAGAUGGAAGGCAAAUAGGCAUUGGUGCACAUACUGAGUAUGAUCCUCGUCUCAUUAAUUUACACUGCUUUACGAUUCUUUGGCAAGAUCGCGCUGGCGGAUUACAGGUCCAAAAUACAGCUGGCAAAUGGGUCGAUGCAGUGCCUAUCCCUGGUACAUUAGUCGUGAAUUUAGGAGACCAAUUUGCCCGUUGGACAAAUGAUGUCUUCAAAUCCACUUUACACCGUGUGAUCAAUAGGUCAGGCGUCGAACGCUACUCAAUACCUUUAUUUUUCGGGACAAAUUACGAUGUCCUUUUGGAGCCUAUACACACUUGUGUUUCUCCUGGAUCUCCCAGCAAGUACGAGAUCGUGACGGCUGGAGAAUACGUCAAAUCCCGGCUCGAAGCUACAUACGCUCAUUCGCAGUCGGCUACUUGA